GAGAUAAGGGAGUGACUUUCCGGCUUUCAUCAGGGCACACUGUCUAGGCACGGUCUUUCUGACGACUAACCUGGGGCUGCAUAGUUUGCAAUGUCAUGACAGGAGCGAGAGUAACCUGCGUGGAAUAUCAUUUGAACGCAACGGCAGCGCUGUAUUCGUUUUAGACCAAAAUCAGACGGAAUAUUUCUAUUGAAAGUUUGAGAGAUGAGAUGAGGCUCACUCAUGUCAAACUUGGAUGUCUUCUGGCUUCUGUUUUUCUCUCUCUAACCUGGUUCACCGCUUAUAAUGGAAAUGACAAGGGUGAACCCCCCUACGACCCUAAGAUGAUCCAGCUGUAUGAACGUCUGCUGGCUGCAGAGUCCAGGGGGGAGCUGGUGUACAGGGAGCUCAGCAGUCUGCUGACCAGCCUGAGGAACCUCACCAUACCGAACAACAACUCCUCCACUAAUGUCACAGAAGGACUGAUAAAGAGAAGACUCGGUCUGCUUUCCUCCAGACUGCCCAACGCCUACCUCUACCUGCCCCACCUACGGGACCACGCAGACAGCCUGAAUCCUAACGUCGUCCUGGGAAAGGGCCGGACUGGAGUGUCCCUGGUAUUGGGGAUCCCUACGGUGAAGCGUCAGAAGCAGAGCUACUUGGUUAGCACCCUGAACUCCCUCCUCUACGACCUUUCACCUUCUGAACGAGAAGACACCGUCAUCAUCGUCUUUGUUGCCGAGACAGAUGCAGGAUACGUCAACACCGUAGCAGAACUCAUAAAGCAUAAUUUUCCUACAGAUGUGCACUCAGGCCUGUUGGAGGUAGUGUCCCCUUCUCAGUACUUCUACCCCAACUUCCGCAGACUCAGGGAAACCUUUGGAGACUCCAAGGAUAGAGUCAAAUGGCGCACCAAGCAGAACUUGGACUACAGCUUCCUGAUGCUCUACGCACAUGAGAAGGGAACCUACUAUGUACAGUUGGAAGAUGACAUUGUGGCUAAGCCUGGCUACUCUCAGGCCAUGAAAACAUACGUCAGAUCACUGGCCUCGGAUGACUGGAUGUUGCUGGAGUUCUCUCAGCUCGGCUUCAUCGGCAAGAUGUUCCGAGCCCGUGAUCUACCAAUGAUAGCAGAGUUCUUUCUGAUGUUCCACAAAGACAAGCCCAUUGAUUGGCUGUUGGACCACAUUCUGUGGGUGAAGGCUUGCAACCCAGAAAAAGAUGCGAAAGACUGCAACCUGCAGAAGGGCCUGCUCAAGCUGAGAUAUAAACCCUCUCUGUUUCAACAUGUAGGCCUUCACUCCUCUCUGCCUGGGAAAGUACAGAAACUGAAAGAUAAGGACUUUGGGAAGGCGCCACUGUUUGCUGCCCACAGUAACCCCCCUGCAGAGCUGAGCAGUAGUCUGAAGCACUACCAGCAGCACACCCUGGAGAGGGCCUACGAGGGCCAGGACUUCUUCUGGGGCCUGACCCCUACCGCUGAAGACUUCAUCCUGCUCAGCUUCCCGCAGCCACUCACUGUCACCGGGUACCUGUUUCGCAGCGGAAACAUUGAGAUCAACGGAGACAGGUUUUAUAACACCACCGUGGAGGUGCUCCCUAGUGAUAGCUCAGUGAGUGACAGACUGGUGGGUGGCCAGUCUCCUCAAUACGAAGGAUCUUACGGAGGCUUCAUAGUUAUUGGUUCCUUUGUGGAUGGGAUGGCUGAGGGACAGAUAGACGCACAGAUGCAGCCCAUCUCUGCUUUACGUCUGCUGGUACACAGCGACUCUGACGUGUGGGUUCUGCUCAGUGAGAAACCAUUUUGGAGAAUGGAGACUAUGGAUGGUUCUCAGCACAGACAAGCAGGGUAAGUUAAUGUAGCAAUUCAUUACAGAUUCUCUGGUACUUUUGUAUACUUCUUAGCCAAUAGUUCUGAAAAUUGCUUACUACGUCACAUGUGAGCAGAUAGAGCAAUGACAUGGUGCGCAUCUCUCUCUCUCUCUCUCUCUCUCUCUCUCUCUCUCUCUCUCUCUCUCUCUCUCUCUCUCUCUCUCUCUCUCUCUCUCUCUCUCUCUCUCUCUCUCUCUCUCUCUCUCUCUCUCUCUCUGCUGUGUCCACUGAGCGGUUGGGCCCGCCCUGCAAACUCAUUGGAGAACGCUGGACAGGUCUCUUCUAGCUGUCACUUGUGAGAGCAAAAUUAUGUUAUAAUACUGUUAUUGCAUUAAAAAAAAAUGUUUUAUAGAAUAUUGUUCUUAGAACACUCAUCUGUGCGUUGUCUUCUGAGUUGGGCCUCUGGGGCUUAAUGCUGACAGUGGAUUUACAAAGCCUUUGGUGAUAAAACCUAAAGACCGCAUUCCACAGCAUGAGUUGGUGUUUGUGUACUGGAAGGUACCAGGGUUCAGAUUGCUCGGAUAAUUAUGAGAGGACAAAAGCUGAAGAACAUACGCACAUCCAGGUACUUUCCACAGGUGCUGGAGUUGUAGACAAACUCAUGGAAAACAGAAAGAAAACGUUGCACACUGUUUCUCAUUCUCCUAGGUUAUAUUUAUUUAUAAUAACGUUUCGACCCUUAGGUCUUCAUCAGGCAUCCAUAUCCCAGGUCGGGGUGGAUGGUCCUAUAUAUAGUGGCAGUACUCAGUAACAUCACUUCCUGAAAAAACAGGUAAACAAUGUAUGACAGUUUCACAAUAUUACAAUUCAGUGUAUCAAAAUAUAUGAUCAUACACAGGGAAUGUGAUCAAUAUUUACAGUAAUAUACAUACACAUAAAAAAAUCCUAAUUGAAUAUUGUAACUACAUUUUGACAUAAAAACCGUUUCAAGUCAAACCUCUCAUUAAGACCAAGAGGAGACAGUGUUCAUCCUGUGGAUCCAGGAUGAUUCCCUUAGAAGAAGUUUCCUCUCAAUGUCCCCUCCCCUGCGUGACAUCUUGACGAUUUCUAUUCCAAUGUAUCCCAGAGAACUAAUAGGAUGUCCAGCUUGUGCAAAAUGAGCAGCAAUCAGAUUUGUUGUCUUACCUGUUCGUAUAUUGCUGCGUUGUUCAUUGAUCCGUGUCUUAAGGCUUCUAUGGGUUUUCCCUAAGUAAGACAGACCACAAGGCUAUUUCAACAUGUAAAUAACAUUGGUGGACAUGCAGGUAAUUAGGCCCUUGAUCUUAAAUCUUUGUCCUGUGUGUAAAUAAGUUGCAUUUAUACGUAAAGCUGCAUUGACCACAUUGGCCACAUUUGUAAUUACUAUCCAGAACCUUGUCCAAAAAGUUCCCCCUUUCUCUAGUGGGUAAUCAGAUUUAACCACAAAAUCUAAUGUCAAUAUUAUUAAAAUGGCGCCGAAGAAGGCAAGAGUUUUAUGUGUCCUCAACCGAUUGUGUUUUUUGUUUGUUUAUUUGCGUUGUUUGUAACUUAUUUUUUAAACUUAUUUUGUACAUAAUGUUGCUGCUACCGUCUCUUAUGACCAAAAAUCAUUUCUGGACAUCAGGACUGCGAUUACUCACAACUGACUGGCAGAAUCCUUUUUUCCCCUUUAAUGAGUUUGACAAGCCCGACGCGAGCGAUAAACUGCUUUCUCGGGAACAGGCCCAAAUCCCCGUGAUUUGCGUGAAGAUGAGAAGGAGAAAAAGGGGCCAGAGGGCAGGCUGCCUUCUGAGAAUUCAUAGGCGAUCGAAUAAACCCCCACUUCCUUCCACUCUGCUAGAAAACAUGCAAUCUUUGGAGAAUAAAAUCGAUGACCUACGCGGAAGACUAAACUACCAACGGGACAUUCAAAACUGUAAUAUCUUAUGCUUCAUGGAGUCGUGGCUGAACGACGACACGAUCACCAGCUGGCUGGUUGUACUCUGUACCGGCAGGAUAGAAUAGCGGCAUCUGGUAAGACGGGGGCAGACUAUGUAUUUUUGUAAAUGACAGCUGGUGCACGAUAUAAGGAAGUCUCGAGCUAUUACUCGCCUGAGGUAGAAUAUCUCAUGAUAAGCUGUAGACCACACUAUCUACCUAGAGAGUUUUCAUCUGUAUUUUUCGUAGCUGUUUUACAUACCACCACAGUCAGAGGCUGGCACUAAGACAGCAUUGAAGGAGAUGUAUUCUGCCACAAGCAAACAAGAAAACGGCGCUCGUAGUAGCCAGGGACUUCAAUGCAGGAAACUUAAAUCUGUUUUACCAAAUUUCUAUCAGCAUGUUAAAUGUGCAACCAGAGGGGUGGGGGGACUCUGGACCACCUUUACUCCAUACACAGGGAUGCGUACAGAGAUCUCCCUCACCCUCCAUUUGGCAAAUCUGACCAUAAUUCUAUUCUCCUGAUUACUGCUUACAAGCAAAAAAUAAAGCAGGAAGCACCAGUGACUAGAUCAAUAAAAAAGUGGUCAGAUGAAGCAGAUGCCGAUGACACAACAGUGGUAGGCCUGAUCACCAACAAUGAGACAGCCUAUAGGGAGGUCAGAGACCUGGCCAUGUGGUGACAGGGCAACAACCUUUCCCUCCCUCAACGUGAUCAAGACAAAGGAGAUGAUUGUGGACUAUAGAAAAAGGAGGACCAAGCACGUCCCCAUUCUCAUCGACUGUGCUGCAGUGGAGCAGGUUGAGAGCUUCAAGUUCCUUGGUGCCCACAUCACCAACAAACUAAAUGGUCCAAGCACACCAAGACAGUUGUGAAGAGGGAACAACAAAACCUAUUCCUCCUCAGGAGACUUGGCAUGGGUCCUUAGAUCCUCAAAAGGUUCUACAGCUGCACCAUCGAGAGCAUCCUGACUGGUUGCAUCACUGCCUGGUAUUGCAACUGCUCGGCCUACGACCGCAAGGCACUACAGAGGGUAGUGCGAAUGGCUCAGUACAUCACUGGGGCCAAGCUUCCUGCCAUCCAGGACCUCUAUACCAGGCAGUGUCAGAGGAUGGCCCUAAAAAUUGUCAAAGACUCCAGCCACCCUAUGUCAUAGACUUCUCUCCGCUACCGCACGGCAAGUGGUACCAGAGUGCCAAGUCUAGGUCCAAGAGGCUUCUAAACAGCUACUACCCCCCCAAGCCAUAAGACUCCUGAACACCCAAUCAAAUGGCUACCCAGACUAUUUGCAUUGCCCCCCUCUUUUACACCACUGCUACUCUAGGUUGUUAUCAUCUAUGCAUAGUCACUUUAAUAACUCUAUCUACUUGUACAUAUUAUCUCAACUAACCGGUGCCCCCGCACAUUGACUCUGUACCGGUACCCCCUGUAUAGUCUUGCUAUUGUAAUUUUACUGCUGCUCUUUAAUUACUUGUUACUUUUAUUUCUUAUCCAUAUUUUUUUUAAGACUGCAUUGUUGGUUAGGGGCUCUUAAGUAAGCAUUUCAUUUUAAGGUCUACCUACACCUGUUGUAUUCAGCGCAUGUGACGAAUAACAUUUGAUUUGAUCUCUCACGUUUGGGGGUCUUUUAAAAACCAUAUGUGGGGGAUAUUUAAAAAUGGGUUUCAAUUGUGGGUCUGUAUCAAUAAUUUACCAGUGCUUCUUGAUAAUGUCCUUAAAUGCUUUCCCCAAUGGUGAGUAUUGCGUAAAGCAUUAUUGGACAUGUUCUGCUUUUUCUUUUACUUUUGGUUGAAGGCUAUCCAACUGUAAGUCCUUCAAAAUGAUCAUUGACAUGUUUUACCCAAUUGUCUUUGUACCCUCUUUCUUGAAAUCUUUGUGUGAGGCCCGUAUAAUGUUCCUGAUAAGAAGCAUCAGAUCUGCAUAUUCUUCUGAUAUGACUCAAUUGACUUAUAGGGAGACUUUUAAUAAGUGGACGUGGAUGAAAGCUGUCACCUCUAAGGAGGGUGUUCCUGUCCCUCGUUUUCCUAUAGAGAUCUGUACAAAGGGAGGUUUUGUGAAACCGUUUUAAUAGUUUCAAUGUCUAAAUUGUGUUUUUGUUUUUAAAAUCCUAAUUUAAUAUUGAAUAUAUAUGCAUAUUACUGUAAAUACUGAUCACAUUGCCUGUGUAUGAUCAUAUAUAUUGAUACAUUUAUUGGUAAUAUUGUGAAACUAUGUUAUACAUUUUCUUUUACAUCCUGUUUCAGGAAGUGAUGUCACUGAGUACUGCCCCUAUAUAUAGGACCUUCCAGCCCCACCUGGGAUAUGGAUGCCUAAUGAAGACCUAAGGGUUGAAACGUUGUAAAUAAAUAUCACCUGGGACCAUGAGCAGCAGUGUGCUGCGCUUUCCUUUCUGUUUUCUAUAAUUAUGAGAGGAACCUUGUUUUGGGGUCCAGACCCUGGUUUCCACACAAUGAGAACAGUCUUUACAGCAGAUCCUGUUUCCUGUGAAUUAUUCAUUUCUUUCAUACAAAUCCCAACCUUGUGACCCAUUCCACACAUCUGUUGUUUGUCAUGUAGACUAUAAAAGAUCUUUGUAUCCUUUGUGUCGGUGCUCUCCAUGAAUCAUCUAAGGGUGGUUCAUCGACCAGCCAUCGUUGUUGCAGAGUACUCACAUCAUUCACUUGUGUGUGUGUGUGACCUGCUCUCCUUUAAUAAG